AUGCGGUUGGAGCUUUUGAAGAAGUUGAAAGAGAUUGUAUAUCCGGGAAGCACUUUUCUUGUUGAGCCACGGGUGAAGCCCAAAACACGUCCUUGGGAUCAUAAGAAGAUCAAUGUUUUUACCCAUCGUGACCCGUGUGCAUUUGAGUUGGUGCAAUCUGGACAUGAUUCCUUCUCACCUAAGGACACUCAAAUCACUACAUUAGCUUCUACUCUGGAAACCAAGAAGAAGCGACCUGUUAAGGGAAAGGAGAAGGUGAAUGUGAAAGGGAAGGUAUACAUUACUAGAACAGUGAAACCUGGUGCAUAUGUUGAUGCUUUCCCUUCUGGGUUGAAACCAUACAUUAAGUUUGUCAAGGAUGUAGCUGUAGAUGGGAAUUGUGGUUUCAGGGCUAUAGCUGCUUCAAUUGGUCAUACAGAAGAUGAUUGGGCUCAGGUUAGGCGUGAUCUGCACACACACAAAGAGGAAUACAUUACACUUUAUAGGUCCUACGAAAGGUUUGAAGAAUUGAUAAGCAUAUUGUCAUACUUUGAAGACAGUCUUGGAUACUCACAUUGGAUGACUAUGCCAGACAUGGGGCAUCUUGUUGCAUCGUGCUACAAUCUUGUGUUAUACCACUUGUCAUUACAGCAAUGUCUCACCUUUUUACCUCUUAGAACAGUGACAAUACCUCAACUUGAUAGACGUGAGAUUGCCAUUGGGUUUGUUAACGGAAAUCAUUUCGUCCAGCCAAGCCAUCCAGUUCCUCCUAUAGCCACUAAUUGGCGAAAAUACCGGCACCCUUGUGCUGUUGACUGGGAUGAUGCAUAUGUGCGCCGCAUUCAGCAUUUCAAGGACAUUAUUCAUGAUACUGUAGCUACUCGAGAGACAUUUGAUGUUGUUGAUAUCGCAUGA